CAGCGGAGGAUUCAAACUGAACAUGGCUGCGGGGAAAGAUGCCGACGAAAACACGCAAAAUAGAAGCGGUACAGUGUGCAGUAUGGUGAUCAAUCAGCAGGAAUCGCUGGGGGGCUCUCGUGCUGGCCAACCGCCAGUCAUCUUCAACCCGGACUUUUUUGUGGAGAAACUUCGCCAUGAGAACCCUGAUAUUUUCCUGGAGUUGGUGCUUAGUAACAUCACUCGCCUUAUUGAUCUUCCUGGUACAGAGUUUGCACAGCUCCUUGGUGAGGAGGGCUCUAAAACGCCAACAGGUGGAAAUGGAGGCUUCUUUCGCUCUUUCAACUUCCUCAAACGCAAAGACAAAGGCGUUGUAUUUGGAACGUCACUGACAGAGAGCUGCGUUGCCCAGAUCUACCAGCUCAUCGAGUACCUCAGCAAAAACCUGCACGUGGAGGGUCUGUUUCGGGUGCCAGGGAACAGUGUUCGGCAGCAGUCCCUGAAGGAGCUCCUCAACAGCGAUGCUGAUGUUGACCUGGAGUCUGGAGACUUUCACCCAGAUGAUGUGGCCACGUUGCUCAAGACUUUCCUGGGAGAGCUGCCUGAGCCCCUGCUCACACACAGACAUUUCCACGCACACCUUAAGAUAGCUGAUAUGACUUUGUUUGACGAACACGGCAACAAGACAGCAAUACCCAACAAGGAGCGUCAAAUAGAGGCGCUGCAGCUUCUGUUCCUGCUGUUACCUCAGGCCAACCGCUCACUGCUCAAACUGCUGCUGGACCUGCUCUACCACACCGCCAAGCAGCAAGACAAGAACAAGAUGUCCGCAUACACGGCCAUCAUGUUUGCCCCACACGUCCUCUGGCCCAGACACGUAAGAUUUGUAGUUCAUAACUGCAUAAUAAGGGUUCAAAAACAAAUGUGAAAUAGUAUUUUGCUCAAUUUGGCAGCACAAUUGUUUACCAGAAU